CGUGGUUCCCGGAGCCAGGCGGAGGGACGGGAAAUUAACUUGAGGAAGGGGCACUAGAUGACCGGAAGUAGGUCCCGGGCGGCGCUGCCGACCCCUGCUCCGGGGAGCAGGUUGAGGAGCGCGAAGAAGGCGGGACGCAAGGCGGGGCCGCUGCAGGGGCGGGGCCUGCGGGCGCGCGAGGGGCGGAGACCCCCUCGUCCCCUCCCCUGCUUGCCUGCUCCGUCGCCCGCGGCGGCGCGGCCAUGAAGCUGAAGCUGAAGAACGUGUUUCUCGCCUACUUCCUCGUGUCGAUCGCCGGCCUCCUCUACGCGCUGGUGCAGCUCGGCCAGCCAUGUGACUGCCUCCCUCCCCUGCGGGCAGCAGCCGAGCAGCUUCGGCAGAAGGAUCUGAGGAUUUCCCAGCUGCAAGCCGAUCUGCGACGCCCACCCCCUGCCCCCGCCCAACCCCCUGAACCUGAGGCCCUGCCUACUAUCUAUGUUGUUACCCCCACCUAUGCCAGGCUGGUGCAGAAGGCAGAGCUGGUGCGGCUGUCCCAGACCCUGAGCCUGGUGCCCCGGCUACAUUGGCUCCUGGUGGAGGACGCUGAGGGCCCCACCCCCCUCGUCUCAGGGCUGCUGGCUGCCUCUGGCCUCCUCUUCACACACCUGGUGGUCCUCACGCCCAAGGCCCAGCGGCUUCGGGAGGGAGAGCCAGGCUGGGUUCGGCCCCGUGGUGUAGAGCAGCGGAACAAGGCCCUGGACUGGCUCCGGGGCAGAGGGGCCGCUGUUGGGGGGGAGAAGGACCCACCACCACCUGGGACGCAGGGAGUUGUGUACUUUGCUGAUGAUGACAACACCUAUAGCCGGGAGCUCUUUGAGGAGAUGCGCUGGACCCGUGGUGUCUCAGUGUGGCCAGUGGGGCUGGUGGGCGGCCUGCGAUUUGAGGGCCCUCAAGUACAGGAUGGACGGGUUGUGGGCUUCCACACAGCAUGGGAGCCCAACAGGCCCUUCCCCGUGGAUAUGGCGGGAUUUGCUGUCUCCCUGCCCUUGCUGUUGGCUAAGCCCAAUGCCCAGUUUGAUGCUACUGCUCCCCGGGGCCACCUGGAGAGCAGUCUCCUGAGCCACCUUGUGGAUCCCAAGGACCUGGAGCCACGGGCUGCCAACUGCACUCGGGUCCUGGUGUGGCAUACACGGACAGAGAAGCCCAAGAUGAAGCAGGAGGAGCAGCUGCAGCGGCAGGGCCGGGGCUCAGACCCAGCCAUUGAGGUGUGAUGACGGCCCCACCCUGACUACCACCUCACUUCAGGCACAGGCCUUGUGGGACUGGGCCCCAGGCCUACCCAGGAUGUGGUUUUCCAAGUCGUGACCCCUCAGAGCCAGAGGUAGCCCUUCCUCCUCUCCAGGCCCAGGGCAUGGCCCUGCUGCUUCUCCCCUCCCCCACCCUGCCAUGUGGCACUGUCCACAGGCUGGGGACAGGUGGCCCUUGUAUUGAGCCAGGUUGGUCCUGUCUGGGGUGGUGCAGAAAGACAGAUGGACUCAAGAGGGAGGGCGGCAAAGGAACUUGGUAACUUAUUGGGGCUGGGCAUGCACUGGGGGGCUGGAGGAGCUGGGCUGGACCCUCCCCACCUGAGCAUGCUGACCCCUUCCUACCUCCAGAAUAAAGAAUCUCAACCUGGA